AAAGUAGUCAGCGUGACACUCCGAAAUGGAUAUUCUGAAUAGAGUUGAUAGUGUUUGUGAAGAUAUUACUUCUGAACUACAUUUAUUAGGUGAGUGUGUACAGGAACAGCUGCCACAUUUUGGUUGGCAGUUUGAAGAAAUUGAAUAUCUGGAAAAUAAAAUUCCAAUAAUUAAUGAAAAGUCAUUAAUGCUGGAUAAAAAAUACUUUCCAAAUGAUGACGCAACCAAUUCAAAAGAAUCCUGGUAUAAAGUAGCUGCAGGUGCCUCUGCAUAUACUUAUAAAUCGAUCGGAGUUAAAUACGCGGAACCUGUAAGAAAGUGGUUGGCGAACGCUGCAAAUAUAGUCGUACAAUUUGGACUACUUGCACAAUGUUUUACAACAAGAAAUAAUUGGUUUCCUGAAGGAGAUUGGUUUCUGGGAACAUGGACUGUGAAGAAUACGGCUAGUGCAGAGGAGUUGAGAAAUGUUAUCGAUCCGAGCAUUUUUAAUGCUUGUCUCAAAGUUAUUUUUGCUGCAGUCCUCAAUUUUCUUCAAUUCAAUUGUUAUGCACCAAAACAAAUGUCAAAUUAUGCUGUACAUCUUCUAAACAGUGAAGUUAUGGAUAAAUAUGGAGUGUCUAAGGUAGAAGAGAAGAUGUUAAUCAUGAAUAUUACUGGUCGUUGGGUUUCAAGAAUAAGAAUACUGCAAUUGGUUCAGAAAACAUUAAACACAUCCUGGAAACUGAAAGAUGUCAAACCUCUAGGAUACAUAAAUUUGAAAAUAUCUCGUAGAAUAGAAGACUACUUUGAUAUUAUCCCUCCUAACUGGAGAUAUACUCGUAUAGCUGUUUGUAUUGCGCAUAGACUUGUACGGUCCAACUGUGUUUAUUUCGCUGAUUUUUCUACUCAAUUAAUCGAAAUAAGAAAACAGUUACAGGAUGUUAUCAAAGAUCCACUUAAUCAUCACUGUGAUCAUAAAUAUUUACUAAAAUCCAAUGAAAUGGAGGAUGACAAUCAUCAUGUUGAUGAUAAUAAAAAACAUGAAUUGUUUGGUCGACUUAUUACAUUUUUGAAGUAUGCAGAGCCUAACAGUAAUCUUUUUCAAUAUAAACGUUUCAAAUCUCAUGGGAAAACAAAUGAAAGUCAAUAUCCUGAUUAUGAUGCAAAAUGGGAGGCAAUUGUAAAGAUUGUUUUAUCAUAUCCUACUUUAACACCACUUCAAGAGAUAACUGACAAAUUGAAAGAAUUAAAACUGAUACCUUUUGACUUUAACAUCGAUAAAAAGUUAAUCCAGUCCCUUUUUGCUGCUUACAAGAUUAAUAAAUCUAUUCAGUGAAAUAUUUAAAUCGGACUGUUCAUCUAUGUUGUAUAACCUUCCUUUGUUAUUCGAAUUUUGAUGAGAACAAGAGAUUGUGUGAAAUCACAUAUGUAUAUAUUUCUAUGUAUGUAUCAUUAGGUUCCAAAAAGUUAUCCUCAUUUUUUUUAAAUACGUAUUUUCCUAGUUUUUAAAACUCUUCACCUUAUGUAUAAUGAUGAAAGUUGUACCUUCUAGAUAUGGGAUCCAAGGAGAUGACUUUUUCAUACUGAACCAAUAAGUAGGUUAUUAAAGGAAAUAUAUUUCUCAAAUCCUGAUGAGAUAGAAAAAGCAAUUUCUGACGUUUUAUGACUUCAUGGGAUAUGCUUCUUCAAAGAAUAAAACCUAGACGAG